CGGGGACCUGCCGGGCGCGGGCGGCCCUGGGCCCGGGCGGCCGCGGGGCAGCGGCGGCGGGACCAUGUCGGUGGCGGGGCUCAAGAAGCAGUUCCACAAAGCCAGCCAGGACUCCUCAGACACUCCUGCAGAGACCAGGGCAGUGUCCUGCUCCACGUGUAACCUCAGGUCACUUCUCUGCUGUCACGUCUUAGAGCAGCAAGAUGAUGACCCACAGGAGCUCACUGCUAUUCAGUGAAAAAAUAAGUGGAGCAGAAGGAACAAAGUUAGAUGAGGAAUUUCAAGAGAUGGAAAGGAAAAUUGAUGUUACUAAUAAAGCUGUAACAGAGCUCUUGUCCAAAUCCACGGAGUAUCUUCAGCCAAAUCCAGCAUACAGGGCCAAGCUGGGAAUGCUGAACACUAUGUCAAAGAUCAGAGGACAAGUUAAAACCACAGGCUACCCCCAGACAGAGGGACUCCUGGGAGACUGCAUGAUACGGUAUGGCAGAGAGCUGGGCGAUGAGUCUAUGUUUGGCCUUGCACUACUGGAUGCUGGUGAGAGCAUGAAGCAAAUGGCAGAAGUGAAGGACUCUCUUGAUAUUAAUGUCAAACAAAAUUUUAUUGAUCCUCUACAGUUAUUGCAGGACAAAGAUUUAAAAGAGAUUGGGCAUCACUUGAAGAAACUGGAAGGGCGCCGCUUGGAUUAUGAUUAUAAAAAGAAGCGUUUUGGAAAGAUACCAGAUGAAGAAGUUAAACAAGCAGUAGAAAAGUUUGAAGAGUCAAAGGAACUGGCUGAAAGAAGCAUGUUCAAUUUCUUAGAAAAUGAUGUAGAACAAGUCAGCCAGUUGGCUGUGUUUGUAGAAGCAGCACUAGAUUACCAUAAACAAUCCACAGAAAUUCUGGAGGACCUGCAGAGCAAGCUGCAAAACCGAAUAAAUGUAGCAUCUAGUCGGCCUAAGCGUGAAUUUAAGCCAAAGCCUGUAAUAACUACAACUCUGGAAAUUGGUGAUAAUCAGCAGCACAAUGGGAUUGCCUAUAGUUCUUCCAUAAAAUCAUCAGGUUCUUCAGUGCACAUGGAUCAGCCUUGCUGCCAAGCUCUCUAUGACUUCGAGCCAGAAAAUGAAGGCGAGCUUGGAUUUAAGGAAGGGGACAUCAUAACUUUGACCAAUCAGAUUGAUGAGAAUUGGUAUGAGGGGAUGUUAAAUGGAGAGUCUGGCUUCUUCCCCAUUAAUUAUGUUGAAGUGAUAGUUCCCUUGCCUCAGUGAUCGUGUCAUUCGAGCUGUGAACAUGAUUUCAUGACUGAAAUGGAUUAACAAAUGUUCUGUCAGUGUGGCAUUCUGUGAAAGCCUUGCUAUUUGACUGACUUACUGACUUUUGUAUGCGUCUUUUUAAAAUGUAUUUAUUUUAUAUUCAAAAAAAUUUCACCUUCCCUGAUUUGUCAACCUGCAAAAAAACCCAUACCCAGUUUUUUUGCUUUGUGCCUUGAAGAUCACUGUAUGAAGUGUUUACUGGUAGCUCACUGUUGCUCCAAAAAUGCAUUUCCUUGCUAUAAUUGUAUGUGGGUUUUUUUUUUUAUCUUUGGCUGCAAUGAUUUUACUAUUGAAAACCAUUUUAAAAAAUACUGUUAGUGAAGCUAACUGUAACCAGUUCCUAAGUUACUGACGUCCUUGAGCUGUUUUCAUCUAUCACACCGUAAUUUAUUGUGAACAAGUUAAUUCCUCUUUUGCAUUGUAUGUUGACAAAAGGCAAAGUGGUUGUUGUCAAUAUUAAGAUGACGUUGUAGUAAGUACAAGUUCUCAGCAUUUAAAAUUGGUAUAAUUUACUGACCAAACUGAAUAAAUAUUUCUGUGGGAUAAG